AUGUGCAAAGCUCUGCUGGAGACUGCAGAAUUCCCAGGUAGGUCACCGUGCGGGCUGUGGCGCCGAGCACGGGACAGGUCGGCCUCACCGAGUCUAGACCCGGGCGGCCAGCCAGGUGAGCGCGCGCGGGAGCUCAAAACGCGUCGCUGGCGGCCGUGCGUCCACCCGAGCGACUCCAAGUCAUGGAGCCACGCGCGGGGGUCGCCACGGACCCUAGGGGGAGCAGAGGAGGUACGGGGGUGGGGAUGGGGUAGGCGCUUCCCCGCCACACCUCGCCCCGCCUGUCUGCUCCUUCCAGUUGCCUUCCGACAGGUGGUAAACAAGGCAGGCCUGGUGCCCGAGCGGCGGCGGCGGCGGCGGCGGCGGCGGCGGCGGCGGCGGCGGCGGGUAUGGACCCAGCGACCCCGGCUGGGCUCGUGGCCCGCUACCCGCACCCACACCCGCGCCGCAGGGCCGCGCACCGGCUUCGGGGGCUCUCAGGGGUCUCCGGAGAUGUGCCGGAGAGGUCUGCCCGGGGUCACUGGGGACACCUGGGCACUCACGGUCUCUGGCCGCCGCCCUCCCCAGCGGGCGAGCCCCAGAGCCUGGCGGCUCCUGGCGCGGCUGGAUGCGCGACCCCUGGCGGCCAGAGCUGCGGCGGACGUGGCGGUACUGGUACGCAAGGCGGGCGCCACAUUGCGCCUGCUCCCCAAGGACGCAGGUAGCAUGUUGGACUGUAAAGACAGUAAUGUCAAAAAUAAAAAAGACAGUAAUGUCACGGAAAAUCUCCUGUCAUGGAAGGCCCCCUUGCUUCCCACUCGGAGUUCCCAGCAUGGCAAAUACAACCCCUGAAGUGUAACCACCCUCAAGAGAGCACAUAAUCUUGUUAACUAUCCUGUAGGUGGAUGUGGAUGAAGAAUAUACAGGAACUCUCUUACUAUUUUUAAUUCUAAAAUUAUUUCAAAAUAAAAAUUAA